AUGGCGACCACGAAAGCCAACGCGAUAUGGCAGGAUGUUGUCCAAUAUCGGAGGGCUUACUUCCUUACUGCGGUCGCGUCCUUUGGCGGCAUGCUCUUCGGUUGGGAUACUGGACUUAUCGGAGGAGUCUUGACCAUGAAGAGCUUUCAGGAUUCUUUUGGUCUGGUCGAGGGCACACCUGAAUACAGCAAUCUCUCUGGAAAUAUUGUGUCGGUCCUUCAAGCUGGCUGCUUUUUUGGAGCCAUGUCCAGUUUCUACGUUUCGGACACAUUUGGCCGCAGAUCUGCUUUGAUCAUCGCAGACAUCAUCUUCAUCGUUGGAAGCAUCAUCCAGACUUGUGCUGGCCUGACUAGCAACGGACUUGCCGAGCUCUAUGUUGGUCGCGUGGUUGGUGGAUUCGGUGUUGGACUUAUCAGCGCGGUUGUGCCCACUUACAUUGGAGAAAAUGCCAACAAGGAGAUCCGAGGAAGAUGUAUCGGCUGCAUGCAACUCUUCAAUGUUACUGGUAUCAUGCUGAGCUACUUCGUCAACUAUGGCGUGAACGAAUCGAUCUCGGAGAACAGCGCCACUCAAUGGCGGGUCCCGUUCGCUCUGCAAAUGCUUCCAGGAGCGCUACUAUUGGCAGGCAUUGUCUUCCAGAACGAGAGUCCACGCUGGUUAGUCGAGAAGAACAUGAUCGAAAAAGCACGUCGAGCUCUGGCAAAGGUCCGCGCUAGAGUGGUCUCUGAUCCAGAAGUUCAGCGUGAGCUUGAUGAGAUCAUCGAGGACUUCAACGGCCACGAGAAGAUGCCUCUAGUUGCUCAGGUCAAGGUGACCUGCGCUGAUAGCAAGAUCUUCUACACUUUCUCGAUGGCUAUAAUCUUAAUGGCAUUCCAGCAAUGGACCGGAACAAACAGCAUCAACUACUAUUCGCCUCAAAUCUUCAAAUCGGUGGGGUUAGAAGGACGAUCCGCCGGUCUAUUCGCUACUGGAAUUUACGGAGUUGUGAAAGUCGUCAUUACAGCCCUCGGCCUGGCGUUCACAACAGAACAAGUGGGUCGCAAAUGGUGUCUCAUCAUCGGUGGCCUUGGCCAAGCCUUCAGCAUGUUCUACAUUGGCGUCAACCAAGCCGUCAACCCAGUCGUCGCCGGGUCCAGUCUCAACGGCAACAGCACAUUCGCCAUCGUCUGCGUCUACCUAUUCGUGGUCUUCUAUUCCUUCGGCUGGGGCCCAAUUCCAUUCGUGCUCUCAGCAGAAUGCGCGCCAAACCAUGUUCGAUCACUCGUUAUGGCGGCGGCGCUCAUGACGCAGUGGCUUUUCAAUUUCGUGAUUGCUAAGAUCACACCCAUCAUGCUCAGCGAUAUCACUUAUGGCACCUUCUUGCUUUUUGGAGGCUGCUGCUGUUUGAUGGUCAUUUAUACUGUCUUCUGUGUGCCCGAGACUUCGAAUGUGCCGCUGGAGAAAAUCCAUUUGCUUUUCGACGGGAAUGUCAUCAAGGGUGCUACUAUGGAUACUAUUCCGAGGUAUCGACGAGCAAAUGUGCUGCAGCAUAGGCAGGAAUUUGAUGGUGAGGAUGAUGUGGUUGGCAAGGAUGUCGAUGCUGCUUCGCAUGUUGAAGAGCGUUCGGAUACAGAGCGCGACGUGGCGGAAAGAGGGACCACGAUUCGGUAUGAUGGCGAUCGUAGUCGGGUGUAG